UGUAUUCUGUAGUGUACAUGAUCUUUGGCAGAGAGGGUGUAGGAGAGUUGAUGUAUUCAUUUUUAGGUGUUUAAGAAAUUGUAUGAAUGUAUUGAUUUUUAGGUUACAGUUUUUGAAGGUCUCCUAAUACUCUCAGCCAGUGUUGUUUAAGUGCACUCUAUUUUAUUUUGAACACUUGGUUCCCAGCUAUUUAUAUUUGUGCUGGAAAAAUGGCGACUUCCACAGGCGGUGUGGUUGUUCCUCGAAACUUCCGUCUUCUUGAGGAAUUGGAACAAGGACAAAAAGGUGUGGGAGAUGGAACAAUUAGUUGGGGAUUAGAAAAUGAUGAUGAUAUGACAUUGACUCACUGGACUGGAAUGAUAAUUGGUCCACCACGGACUCCUUAUGAGAACAGGAUGUACAGCCUGAAAAUUGAAUGUGGAGCGAGGUAUCCUGACGAAUGCCCUAGUGCCAGGUUUAUUUCAAGAAUAAAUAUGACCUGUGUCAAUAGUACGAAUGGUGUGGUUGACAGUAGAGCAGUUCCUGUGCUUGCUCGCUGGCAGCGAGAUUAUACAAUCAAGACUGUCCUUCAAGAGCUACGCAGGAUUAUGACACUAAAGGAAAACAUGAAGCUAUCACAGCCUCCAGAGGGCAGUUCGUAUUAGCAAAUGGCUAUUGCUGUGAAGGCAAACUGCAAGUAUUUUGUGGAUGGAGAGGAGAAAAGGGUGAUGUUAAUAAUAUUAAAUGUUCACACCAGUCCAGAAGAAACCUGCAUUACAUUAUUUCAGUAUGUUGAAUGUGAACUGCUGUAAAGAUGUUGCAUAAGUGAAUAGCGAGCACUGUGAAAUGCUGAUAUUUCUUAGCAAGUUUGUAAUUCUGUGUAAAAAACAAAAAAACAAAACAAAAAAGAAAGUGUUGGGCCUUCGUAUAUUUUUCUUGGUGUUAUUUACCUCAUUAAAUUUUGCUGUAAAUGAGAUUAAACCCAUUUAGAGUUCAGAAAUCCCCACGCAGUCUCCAGUUGCAAGUGAAGUCUGGCCUACUGUCCAAGAUUGAAAUGAGGUGCUGCCCCUCAGUCUGUUAACUUUAUAGGCUUUGGAAGUAUUAUGUGAUACACUGGCUUGUCGUGUUUACUUUUCUAUAUUUGAUUAUGCAGCAAUAUCAGGACACCUUUUUUAUAGUACUUAGAUUUAUUAUAAUUAGAUAUGAAUAACAUUUCUGAUACUCUGUCUUAAAUAUGUACACAUAUUCCAAGUAAGAAUGGAUUUAUUUGUUGGAAUUCUCAGCAGUUGCUCUGCAGCUGAACUAUGACUGAAAAAUAAAUAUAUGUUGAACGUGGACUUGAACUUCAAUGUUAAACUGUUACACUUAACCAUUUUGUUCUCUUGGCAAAUGAGAUUCAUGUGCAUAGUAGGUAAAAACCAGGCUGCUAUAAUUGUUUUAACUCCAAAGCAAAAAUUGUUAUGUUAAUUGUGAAAUGUAAUAGUUACAGGAAUGAUUGCAUGCCAGUGGACUCUAUCGAAUAUAUGUAAGGCUCAUUUCCUCACUGCAGAAUACAAAUACAGCCUUUCUUAAUUGUAAUAGGUUGUGACUGUGGUUAUUGUGCUAUUUCUUUUAAAGAAUGUAAUAAACACUUGCAUGGCCCCACUACUUUGUUUAAGCAAGGUUUUUGUAUGUAGAAUGAAAAUUGAUGAAGUUCUCAGUGUCAUCACUAUUGGAAGAAGGAAAAUAAAAAUGUUGUUUUCCAUACAAAUGCAAUACUUAUUUUCAUAAUGAAUAAGUCUGUGUCUGAUAACUGAAGACGACAUUUUAUUAAAAUUGUAAAUCUUCUCCAAUUUCUUUAUUGCUUUAAAUUAGCAUGGCAGAAGAUUUUGUUUAAAGGUUCAAGGAGAGCUAGCUAGUUGCACUAUGUGAUCUGUCACCUUUGCUUGUUCAGUAAUGUAAUUGUUUUCGUUGUUGCAUUAAAGUAAGCUAGUUGUGCAAAUA